GGUUUUGUGAAACAAAAAUUAUUAGACAUCAAAAUAAUAAAGUUUGAUCAAAGAACGAAACUUUUUUUGCUAUCUAUUCAAAACAAUAAUAUUAACAUCGCAUGUUUAACAUAAAGAAGAUUAUUAUUUUCCUAUUGAUGACUUUUAAAACUAAAUUUGAAAAUUUUUAAUCAAACAAAAACAAUUUUAGAAUAAAAAAUGGAAAACCUCGAAAACCUCGAGGAACAAAUGCAAGUGGAUAACAUUGAAAUUAAGGUCGAAGAGAAAAAAUCUAACUUCUCAUCGAUUAGUCCAUCAAAUGGGGCGAUUGUUCGUAGUGCUUCAGGAAAUGCAAAUGCAAAAGGUGACAUCAAGAAACUUGUGAUUAAAAACUUUAAAACAAAACCGACUCUACCCGAAAAUUAUCAAGAGAAAACAUGGGAAAAAUUGAAGGAAGCUGUAAUUGCCAUUCAAACUUCAAAGCCAAUUAUUUACUGCUUAGAGGAACUUUAUCAAGCAGUUGAAAACAUGUGUAGUCAUAAGAUGGACUCACAGCUCUAUGUAAAUCUUACUGGAUUAGCUGAAAAUCAUGUGAAAUCCAACAUCCGACCUUUCCUCGCUGAACGAAUCGAUAAACUGUUAUACCUGAAAAAGGUGAAUGAAUGUUGGCAAUCACAUUGCCAACAGAUGAUUAUGAUUCGAAGUAUUUUUCUAUAUUUGGAUCGUACCUACGUCUUACAAAACCCAACCGUUCAUUCAAUUUGGGAUUUGGGCUUGGAAUUAUUUCGGGAUCAUAUCGCUGUUAACAACACUGUCCAGUCAAGAACAGUUGAAGGGAUUCUAUUAUUGAUUGAAAAGGAAAGAAAUGGCGAAACUGUCGAUCGUACACUUCUAAAGAGUCUCUUGCGGAUGUUCUCCGACUUACAGAUCUAUAAAGAAGCGUUCGAGCAGAAGUUUUUAGUUGCAACAAAGCAUUUGUAUCAAGCAGAGGGUCAGAAGAAGAUGCAAGAAUUUGAUGUUUCAGAAUAUUUAAAACACGUUGAUAAACGAUUGACUGAAGAGAAUGAACGUCUCUUACAUUACUUGGAUCAAUGCACCAAACAUCAACUUAUUGUGACUGUUGAACGCCAACUUCUUGCCGAGCAUAUUCAAGGAAUUCUUCAGAAAGGACUCGACCAACUGCUUGAAGAAAAUCGAACAAAUGAUCUCAUGCUGCUGUACUCAUUAUUCAAUCGCGUUAAAAAUGGAACAGUCGAGUUAUGCUCAUCAUUUAAUGCUUAUAUAAAGAAGAAAGGGAAAACUUUUGUCAUCGAUCCAGAAAAAGACAAAACAAUGGUUCAAGAUCUUCUCGAUUUCAAAGACAAGAUGGAUAAUGUUGUGACAUUAUGUUUCGAACGAAAUGAAAAGUUUUCGAAUAGUUUAAGAGAAGCUUUCGAAUAUUUUAUUAAUCAACGUUCAAAUAAGCCAGCAGAAUUGAUAGCAAAAUAUGUUGACAUGAAAUUACGCGCUGGAAAUAAAGAAGCAACUGAAGAAGAACUUGAACAGAUCUUAGACAAAAUUAUGGUUCUCUUUCGUUUCAUUCAUGGAAAAGAUGUUUUUGAAGCUUUCUACAAAAAGGAUUUAGCAAAGCGAUUGCUUGUGGGUAAGUCAGCAAGUGUCGAUGCUGAAAAAAGUAUGUUGUCGAAAUUAAAGCAGGAAUGUGGCGGAGGAUUCACUUCAAAGCUUGAAGGAAUGUUCAAAGACAUGGAGCUGAGUAAAGAUAUAAACAUAGCAUUCAGACAAUACAUUGAUGCUGGUGUCACCUCGAAAGACAUAAUUUCAUUCAAUAACAUUGGCAUUGAUUUGACUGUAAGCAUUCUGACGAUGGGUUAUUGGCCAACUUACCCCGUAAUGGAAGUGAACAUGCCGCCGGAACUCGUUGAGUACCAAAAUGUUUUCACAAAAUUCUAUUUGAAUAAGCAUACUCGUGUGCUUACAAAGAUGCCAAAAAGUCGUGAGGUCGAAGAUAAAGAUAAAUUCAAAUUUAACAAUGAAUUCACUGCGAAGCUCUUUAGAAUUAAAAUUAAUUCCAUUCAAAUGAAAGAGACGAACGAAGAGCAGAAAGCGACUGAAGAAAGAGUUUAUCAAGAUCGACAAUACCAAAUUGAUGCAGCUGUUGUGAGGAUUAUGAAAAUGAGAAAAACUUUGAGUCACAAUUUAUUAAUCAGUGAACUUUACAAGCAACUUUCAUUUCCCGUCAAGUCCAAUGGAAGAAUUUCUUUUUACGGAGGCCCACCUUUGGUCCAUGGACAGUCGGAAGGUCCAUGGACAGACGGAAGGUCCAUGGACAGUCGGAAGGUCCAUGGACAGUCGGAAGGUCCAUGGACAGUCGGAAACUCCACACCGGCCGGACCGGCGGAUUUGAAGAAACGAAUUGAAUCAUUGAUUGAUCGUGAUUAUAUGGAACGCGACAAAGAUAAUCAAAAUCAGUACAAUUAUGUCGCUUAAACAUUUCUUUUUUACUUUUUUUGUCAUGAAGUUUUUAAGAUUUUUUUCCAUUAAACUCACUUCGUCCUUUUUGCUUUCAUUCACAUUGUUUUCUUUUGAUCAUAUAAGAUUAUAGAGAUUUUCAAUAGCAAACUGAAUAAACUUAAAUCGUUAGGAAAAAAUGGAGAGAAAGUAAAUAUGGGCAAAGAAAUAAAAAAAUGUGAAUGCAAUUUGGAUGAAGAAUAAAAAAAAAUUAAAUAAAAAUUGUUUCGAAACAAGAUAAAAUA